AUGUUUUAGUCGUAUUUAUAGGAUAUAGAAAAGGAAAAUAAUAGCAGCAUAUACAAUGCUUAAGCUUAAUAAAAUUCUUCAACAUAGCAGAGUAUAUGGGAUGAUUACAUAGACCGCUAAUUGGAGCAUUUGGUUGUAGAGUAUCAGUUUGAUUUUGAUAAAAUAGCCCAAAGACUAGCAGGUGUUAUAGGCGAUAAAUAGCAACAGAAGGUUAAUUUCGAUACAUGCAGAUAGAGAUGGAAAUAAUUGCAUUUGAGGCGUUAUGAAGAUAAAGAUAAAGACCGUCUUGAUAGAGUAUCCAAGAGCGUUAUGAAAAUGGAGGAUCCAAAUAAUGCACUUAAAGUUUAAGAAUUGGUUGAAAAAUUACCUAAAGCAAGACAAAACAAAGACUUUUUAAAAAUAUCAGAUGAAGAAAAGCUUUAAGCAUUUUACCUAAAUGAUAAAGGAGAAAAAAUUCAACCUACAACUUUCAAUGUUUUGAAGGAUAGCGUUAUGGGUAUAAAGGAUAAGACAGAAAGAGAAAGGGUUUUUAAAAAGUAGCAAGAAGAGUUUUUUAAGAGCCUUGAAAAAUUAGCAGGAGAAUAAGACGAAGACAUGUUCACUAAGCCUCUAAUAUUUAGAGCUAAGUUUACUGAGCCUACUAAUUUUAAUUUUAUUGUAGAAAGAGAAGAACUUACUAGAGAGUAGGCAUAAAGAAUUAUGUCAUAAAAAGUUUAGAUCAAAGGUGCUGGAUUAGUCCCACCUGAACCAGAAAUGGGUAUUAAGAUGGACAACUAUGUAAGUAUGUUUGCAAGACCUGAUGAAGAAGAGGAGGAAUUGAAAAAGAAAGAUUAAGAGAAAGAAGUCUAAGUUAAUUAGUAAAUUAUGCAAGAUUAGUAAGAGACAAAGGAAGAAUAGGAAAGAGACUAAGAAGAGUUGAAGAAAUAGAUGGAGUUAACAGAAGAAGAAAAGAAGAAACAGCAAGAAUAAGAGGAAGAGAAAAAGAAAAUUAAUGUAGAUUUGUACUUAGCUGAAAGGGGUUUAAAAAGUAUUGAUGAAGCUCUCAACUCCUUAGAAAAAAUGCGCUCUAAAGUUAAGGUCAACAACUAUUUCGAAGAGGCUUAAACAGAAGAUAAAAAGCUAAAAGAGUAAAAAGAAAAGAAUCAGCAAAAAGUUGAUAAUGAAGAUUAAAUCAGAUAAGAAAUAAUCAAACAAGGUUUGGAAUAACUAAAAUAAAAAGAACAAGGAGAUUAGCUUGUUUAGUUCCAUGAAAAUUAAAUCAAAAAAGAUAUUAAAGAACUUAACGAAAUCAUAGGUGACAAUAAAUCCAAAAAUGUAAAAAAUUAAACUUAGCAACCAAAUAAGGCAGUAGAAGAAGAAGAAGAAAUUAUUCUUGAAAAGAAAAAUGAUUAAAGUAAAAAAGUUCCAACUAAAAAAGGAAUUUUCUCACAAUUUGCUGAAGAAGAGGAUUCGGGAAGUGAAGAUGAAGUUGGGAAUGAUGAAGAAGAGUUAGAUGAUGAGCUAUACUUAUAAGCCUAAAGAAUCGGAUUAAAAUCUGAUGCUGAAAUAGAUUUAUUUAUCACAAAGAAAAAGGAAGAAAGAAAAGCGAAUAUGCUUAAUAAGAAGAAAGUUUAGUUUUCAGAGUUUUCAGAAUAAAAGUAAAUUUCAGAAGAUACAGACGAGUUACUGGCAAAAUAAGAGAAAUAAAUAAAGCAAAAGUAAUAAUUUUUAGAAAAGUUGAAAAAGAAAUCUGAAAAUGAAGCAGGGGAAAACGACGAAUCCAAUUAGGAAGGAAGUUAGAACUGGAGGGAUUUAGAAUUUAGUGCUGGUAUGGCUUUUAAAAGAUAAUUAGAGGAGGAAAAAAUGCAAAGAAUGAUUAAGGAAUAAUUCGAAGAAGAGUAAAGAAGAAAGGCCGACUAAGAAAGAAUUAGAUAAAUAUAAGAAGAAUAUCACCUCAAGAAGCUAGAUAUUGAAACUAAAAUCAAAUUAAGAGAACCCUUAAAUUUAGAAAAGGUUAACUAAGAAAAAUGGAAAGAAUACAUUGAAGCACAACAGAAACGCAGGGAGGAAAUAGAAAAGGAAUUUGAAGAAAAAUAAAGGAUUCAAACAGAGUAGGAAGAAAAGGAGUAAAAGGAAAAUUUAAUCAAAGAAAAAAUUCACUUCUUUGAAUAAAAAAUAAAAAAUUUCCCCUCAAAUGACCCAUUCAAGUGCUUCUUUGAUGAUUAGGUUAGUUAUUUAUCACAAAUAUCCUCUUUGCCCUCUAAAAUAACUACUAAGAUAGCUGACUUGAAAAAAUACGAUAUUUCAAGAGAUGGAAUAACAUCGAGAUAUUAGAUUUUGAUCUUCCCUUAUCUAGAUAAAUGCCAAGAAUUUGUAUUUUAGUUCUUAAGCUUCUUCUUGAGAAAUAGUUUCUUUAGAUAACCUCCUAGUGAAAAGGAAUUGGGGGAAAUAGUAAGUGAAAACCCUUUAGAUGAAAUACCAUGCUAAAGAUUAAGCUCUAAAGGAUUCCCAUUUUGUCUAGUCAGCUUCUACAUAGGCAGCCAUACAAGUGAAAUAAAUGAUGAAUAAGACGAAUAGUAUUUGAGUAAUUACUUAAACGAUGCAAUUAAGUUCGAUAAAUUAAUAAACGAUGAUAAACUUUAAAAAUCUAUUUAUCUUUUCUUUGAUACCUAUAUUGGUAGAGGUUAAGAUACACUUUCUAAGCAAUUAGAUCUUGCUUUGACAGAGUUCCUAAGUGAUGGAUGCCUUGAUCAAGCAAUCAGAAAAUAUGGUGAAAAAGUCAUUAAUAGAGACAUGAAAUUAAGCGAUUUUAAGACUGCUUACUAUAAAAAUAUGGAGAUUGCUAAGAAAUUGUUUAAUGAAUCUAAUACUUUCCAUUCUAUUUGUCCUACAAAAACCUCUUAUCAUCAAACAAACUAAUUAGCUAUCCACUAAAAUAAAAAGAAAUAAUUAUUACCUACUUCCCCAUCUAAUUCUCCUUCUAUAAUAAGUCACUCUCAUGGUAAUAAAUGGGAAACGUCUGUCAUCAUAAUUAGAAAUUAUUCUGAAAUUCAAAAUCCUUCUGCUUUAAGACAAUAAUAAAAUAGAGGAGUUGAUUUUUCAAAUGCUUCUGAUUUAAUGCAAUAGGACGUAACAACUGAAUAAUAUUCUAAUUUGAGUGAAUCCUUAAGUAAUUUAGUUCCCUCGCACACUGAAAUUUCUUAAAGAUAAAAGCAAUAAAUGACUGAUGUAAUCCACUACACUCUAAACAAAUUAUAAGAAAAGGGAAUAUAAAUUUUAGGUAUGAAGUCAUUCUUUUUCGAUUAAAAAACAGUGUAAGAAUUCAAGAGCUAUGUUGAAAAUAUUAAUUUUAAUACCAACACAAAUUAACCAAUCGUAGUUAUUUCUGUUGCUGGAUUCGAUCUUCACUCAAAAUUAAAAAAAAUGGUUGGAUCUGAAGAUGCCUAAUUGGCUAAGAGAGUAGAGCCAAAUAGCUUAAAUGCUCUAUUCAGCACAGGAAGAGAUGAUUCAAUUAUUAUUCCUUACAAUAAAGCAUUAAGCAGACGUUUAAUUAGCUAUUUCUUUUGUGGUAGAUUGGAAAAGAUUUAAACAGUUUAAGAUAUUCAAGUAAUUGAAGGACUUACAAAUAAAAAAUAACUUUACUUAACAAAACCUAAACCCUUUAACCCAGUAUUUUUGCUUAAUAGCUAACCAAUCAGAGAACAUAUAUGUUUGCUCAGUUCAAAAUUUUUACCUCAGCAAUUUUGUGAAGUAAUUCGUAAAAUCUAGGCAAGAGGAUUUGAAUUACUUAAUAUCCGUGUUAUUGAUAGUUCAAAUCUUUCUGCCAUAUUAAAAAAAGAUGAAGAUUUUUCUGCUUUUAUUGAGAAUGAAAACCUCUAAGAAUUGAAUUCAGGUGAAAAUGACUACGAAAGAAUUAAUCUAGUUCUUCAUAUUUAAGGAGCAAAUAUUUCAUCUCUUAGAAAUACAUUAUUAAAUAAAAUUAUUGAUUAUAAUCCUUUCUUACAUCCUUCAAAAAGAGAAAUAUUCUAUUAUACUAAAGACGAUUUAUCACUAACCUUGUUGAAGGAUAUAUUCUUUAAUCGUCAUAUUAAGUCUAACUUUACUCCAUCUGAAAGAUUCCCUCUUUUUAUAGCUCUCUGGCCCUUCCUAAAUGACUAUGAAGAAAAGGAAGGCUUAACAGCCUCACAGGCAGUGCCACUUGGAAAUGAUCUUAAGAUUAUGUCCUCUUAUGGAUUAGAACUACUUUCAGUAUCAAAAAUUUUUAAAUCCUAAAUUUAGCAGAAACUAAAUACUUCUAUUGAAGAAGAAACUGAACACGUUGAUCUAAAAUCUAUAUUGCACUAACUUAUAUAAAAUAAUAUCUAAAUUAAUAGCAUUACUAAGAAAAAGCCAGAAUUCAGUACAUUCUGUAGUCGCUUAGGCGAAGAAAUUUUGUCUUAAGACUUUUAUUUAGCCGUGUUUAGGUACUAAGGAGAUAGAUAAUCUAAACAUUUAGACAAGUUAUUUACAGAAGUUCCAUUUGUUCACUCAAACAAAACAAUCAAUGAAUCUACUGUAGUAACUCAUGGAGCUAAAUAAACUCCUCACACUUAAGCUAAACCACUUCCAACAGAAUUUUUAACCCUCUUUUUCCUUGAUUCAUCUGCUUAACAGGUUUCUAAUUUUACAAAACUUCUUGGUAUAGGAGCCUUUGAUGAUUGGAGCUUCAAAGGUAGUUUUAUUUUUGAUCUUCCUUCUAGUGGAUAUACAGGUGAAAUAGAAACUUUAAUUAUUUUAAGUGAAGAUGUUGUUAAAACUUUACUUCUCGUAGGAUUAGUAAAGAUAAUUGAAAAUAAUUAAUUCAAAAUCAAAAGCUUUUUCAAACACAGAUGCUCAAGGGAGUUUUCUGAAGUUAUAUAAGAAAACUUACUUUAAGCAUUUUCAGGCUAUGAAUCUUAAAUGCACGAUUAAGGAACUAAGCUGUAAAAAAUAAAAGCUUCUCUUGAUAACUUAAUGACUAGAUUACAAGGAGAAAGCAUGUACUUCUUAGUUCUUUCUAAAGAAAAUGGUAUUUUCAAUGGCAAAAAAAUAUUAUUCGAAUUAGCUGAAAAAUACUCAGUUUUUAAGAAGGAGACUAUUAAUGUAGAGAGUUCCACUGAAUAUAUGCUCGAUAAGGGUAUGUAUUGUAGUUUGAAUUACAAAUGCUAACAAAGAGAAUUUAAAGAGCUUUAAUUUAUGUCUCAAUAGAUUCUUUCAAUGGCUCACGAAAACAACUAAGAGCAAUAAGAUGUCGACAAAAUGUAUGACAAUCAGUUAGUAAUGGUCAUUAGAAUUGAUUAAUAGAUCUAAUUAUAUGAAGUAUUUAGAAAACUGUAAUCAGACCUCAAAUUCAAAAUAAUUCACUUCUUAGUUAUGAGAUAAUUUGAAUGGACAGAUAUUUAAUAUAUAUCAAGCCACUUUACACCUAAAUUUGAAGCUUAGCACAUAUAAAAAUACUUUGAAAUUAAUAAUGAUGGAAUUUACUGCAUUGUUCAUCUUGAUAGUAAAAAUUCUGUCAGCCUUUCAGAUGCAUUUGGUACUUUACGCCUUAACGAAAAGGGAGAAUUUAAAUAAGUUAUUAGAAGUUCUUUAUUUGGAAAACAGGAAGUCUUCUUCAUAUAUACUAAUAAUCCCUAACAUGUUAAGAAGUUAUCUGCUUACGCAUUUAAAUCGAGUGAGUGA